UCUACCUAACAUGGCUAACUAGCUCAAGUAGCACUGGUAGCAACUUGGGAAAAGACAUCAAGCUUUGUCAAUUUCGGCGGUGUUAUCGGAUUCCCUUGGUGUUUUGUAUUCUACUAGGGUGUUUUUGGCCUGUCCGGUCCUCUUACUACAAGAAAGGGGCUUUGGGAGGGUAACAAUUCGAGUCUGCUUCCUUCCCCUGACGUGUAACCACAUCUUGUGUACGUGUGAGAGACAUCUUAUCUCAAGUCCCCUGGAGACUUCUGGGUUUCCCAGCCAAGAUGUCCUCCAUCUUACCAUUUACUCCACCGGUGGUGAAGAGGCUUUUGGGCUGGAAGAAGUCAACCAACGGACCAGGUGGAGCUGGUGGGGGAGAACAGAACGGUCAGGAGGAGAAGUGGUGCGAGAAAGCUGUGAAGAGCUUAGUGAAGAAGCUGAAGAAGACAGGCCAGCUUGAUGAACUUGAGAAAGCCAUCACCACACAGAACUGCAACACCAAGUGUGUCACCAUCCCCAGCAAUUGCUCAGAAAUAUGGGGUCUGAGUACACCAAAUACGAUUGAACAGUGGGAUACAUCAGGUCUUUACAGCUAUUCUGACCAAACAAGAUCCCUUGAUGGCCGCAUGCAGGUCUCUCACAGGAAGGGGCUUCCCCAUGUUAUCUACUGCCGUUUGUGGCGGUGGCCAGACCUUCACAGCCACCAUGAACUGCGUGCUAUUGAGGCCUGUGAGUUUGCCUUUCACCUCAAGAAGGAUGAGGUCUGCAUCAACCCCUACCAUUAUCAAAGGGUGGAGACCCCAGUUCUGCCUCCCGUGCUUGUGCCAAGACACUCAGAAAUUCUGACAGAGCUGCCGCCUCUCGAUGACUACACUCAUUCCAUACCUGAGAACACAAACUUUCCUGCAGGAAUCGAUCCUCCAAAUAACUACAUACCAGAAACACCUCCACCAGGCUACAUCAGUGAGGAUGGGGAGGCCAGUGAUCAACAGAUGAAUCAAAGCAUGGAUACAGGUUCUCCAGCAGAGCUGUCUCCCAGCACUCUGUCGCCUGUCAAUCAUAGCAUGGACCUGCAACCCGUGACUUACUCAGAACCAGCCUUUUGGUGCUCAAUAGCUUACUACGAGCUCAAUCAGCGCGUAGGGGAGACGUUCCACGCCUCACAGCCUUCAUUGACGGUGGACGGAUUUACAGACCCAUCGAACUCUGAGCGAUUCUGUUUGGGUCUGCUUUCUAAUGUUAACAGGAAUGCCACUGUGGAGAUGACUCGAAGGCAUAUAGGAAGAGGUGUUCGACUCUACUAUAUAGGUGGGGAAGUGUUUGCUGAGUGUCUGAGUGAUAGCGCCAUCUUUGUCCAGAGUCCAAACUGCAAUCAACGGUAUGGAUGGCAUCCAGCAACAGUGUGUAAAAUUCCACCAGGCUGUAAUUUAAAAAUCUUCAAUAAUCAGGAAUUUGCAGCAUUGCUGGCUCAGUCUGUCAACCAGGGCUUUGAGGCUGUAUACCAACUCACUAGGAUGUGCACCAUACGCAUGAGCUUUGUCAAAGGCUGGGGAGCUGAGUACAGGAGGCAGACUGUCACAAGCACUCCAUGCUGGAUUGAGUUGCAUUUGAACGGUCCUCUACAGUGGCUAGACAAGGUUCUGACUCAGAUGGGUUCCCCGUCUGCACGCUGUUCCAGUAUGUCCUAAACAACAAAGGAACCCCACCUUCCCAAAAAAGAAAAAAAAAAUUCUAUUGUUGAGUCCUAUCUUCGGAAACCCAGCAGAAUUAUUUUUCUGUCAUAUACGUCAUAGUAUUUGUGACCCUGUUCCAUAUACCUCUAAACAUAUAUACACACAUUCACGUGCGCACACGCUCACCCUCACACAGAUUUUUCAGUAAACAAUUUGGCACUUUGUUAGUCAUCUUUGUCUUGCACCUUGUUAAAUUCCCCCGAAUCCUGUAUUAAUAUUUCAUCAUUUUGUGGUACAAUGAAAAGUGUUUUUGUCCAGGAUACCAAAAAUAUCAGAAUAUUUCUCAGUGUUGCGGAAAGGAUUUUUCCUCCAGCCCGCACCCGACUUGUUCUGAGCAAUUAUGUUUUCGUUUCUCUGAGAAACAUGGCUCAUGAGGAUUUCUGUCACUUAGCUUAGUGGGGAAAAAAACAAAAACAAAGCAAAAGUGGCCGUGGGGCUGAACUUUUAUCAAAUUUGAUGAAAUCCACCUCACUGUUUGCUAGGCUUGACCCCUUUUGUGUCGUUAUAAGACAUACUACUUAACUGACGAAUAGGAAUGUUGGUUUAAAAAUCCGCCAAAACCCUAAACAAACUGAAAAGUCAGUAUGUUUGUUAAUUUUUUUGUCAUUAUAUGGCAGUAUUUGUGUCCACGAUGAAGUCAGUCUGCAUCCCGACAUACAGCCUGGUUUACAAACUAGGCUUGCAGGGUGCACUGGGCGGGAACCAGAGAGUAUCGGCUAUUGAUGAGAGCUUUUUUGCUUUAUGACACGACACCGGGAGUCCUUGCACUCCGAGGGGAGGCAUUGAAAUGUCUCCCCAGGAUUCACUGAAAGUAUCCAUCAUUGAUUUUUAGCCUGUAUCCCAAUUGUUUUGCUACUUUUUUGUAUUCUCAUGUAUUUUUAUAUAUAUAUAUAUAAAUAUACUUCAAACAUUUCUGUCAUUCGCAUUUUCUAUUAAAGUAAUAUUUUCAAUAACAGCUGUUUCAAAACUGACCUGGAGGGUUUUGGUUUCUUUCAUUUAGCCCCACAGGUUCAGCUGGAAUUCAUUUCCAGUAGCGGCUCUUUGUCCCACUGGAAUUUUUCUUCCUCCGUAUGUUCUGUACCCUCUUUUUAAAAAUGUUUUUUUUUUCCAAAGAAAUGUGGUGCGUUUUUAAUUAUAUCAACAAAAAAUGCCAGAAACAGUCAAAAUACAAUUUUCUGCAAUGGGCUGAUUCUUUUCAUCGCUUCACGUAUUUUUGAAAAAAGAAAUCAUGAGGCUUUUUGUGCUUCGUCCAGAAAUUUAAUGUCCGCUUGCUAUCAUUGGCUUUUGAAGUUCUUCAAACGUGAUUACUUACCUAAAGACGAGUGCAAAAUGUGCCCCCUCACUGGGACAUUUGGUGUUCAAGUGUAUUGUAUUUGUUCUGUAUAUGAAAUAUAGAAAUACAACACUUAUUUGCUCUUCCCUUAUUGUCAGUAUGUGGCUGGUGCAAGUUCAACAUGACCCCCGCCCCCUCCUUGAUGUACAUGCAUUCAUGUCAUGGCACUAGAGAUUGUACUUGAAAUGCACCUAGUGACUUGAAAACGCGGAAAUGAUCCAUGUGUUACAUAAUUGUAUCUUUGGCCUACAACAUAUGAAUGUGAAAAAAACCUUACAAAAACCAAUGUGGACCAUACGUACAUAUACAUUAUAGUAGUACAGUAUGUGUGUAUUUAACGGUUAUCUUUUUUGCAAAGCAGUCAGUAUAGUAGAUGUUGCAAUUUUACCAGUAGAGGGCGAUAUUCUUAGAGCAGUUUUUUUUCUGACCAUGAGCUUCUCAGGCGGGGUAUAUUAUGCAGACUUAAUAAAACACUAAUAAAGAUUUCUAUUCUCCUGA